CUGGCUUGACAGACCGGAAUAAAGCCUGGUGAAUUUUCGUGCUCCGGCACGCGAGCACGGACGUUUUUUCGUGCCUUUUCUUUAUCUACCCUGAACACUUCCGAUGCUAUCUAGCUGAAAAUAAUUAUCUGGCACGCCUUCUCCACCGUUAGUGCGUCGGUUGCCCACAUCGCCGCCAAUUCCAAGCUCUUCUCAGAGACCGGACAUGUCCCUCAAAACAAUCUCACCGCAUGGUUAUAGGUCAAAAAUGACCCGACAAGAACAAACAAGUCGCCAAGUGCUUGAGCUUUUGCAUGCAGUGUCGAAAAGUGCUUUUUCUGGCGUCCUUUUGCGCAGAGAUAUCGAACCCAACGCCACAGAGCUUCAAAAUGUCAAAGCCCUAAAAAUAGGACCCGGGCCACGAGUUCGCCUUCGACUACGCGUGCCCUCCCACCUGUGUGAUAAUUACGAUAAUAAUCAUUGUUUGUUGGACGCAGGCGCCGUCACGGCGUGGUUUGACGAAGUCUCCUCGUGGGCGUUUGUGUCCGCGGACGGACGGCAUCGACCCGGUGUAAGCGUCAGUUUGAACACGACCGUGCUCUCCUGGGUGCCUGUGGGAACGGAAGUGGAGAUUCAAUCGCAUUGUAAAAAAAUAGGGGAGACAUUGGGUUUUGCCGACAUGAUGCUUCUGGACGUAGCAACGGGUAAAGAGCUCGCUCACGGUCGACACGUCAAGUUCUUGAAAAUGGGCACCGCUUGGACGGUGGCCAUGCAUGCCUGGGCCUUCCCGCUCACGUACCUGAUGGCCUCCGCCGUCCUUCUACCUAGCGUGCGCCAAAGGACGCAGAAAAGCUCUUCUUUCCCACCUGAGAUGGCACCUUCACCCGACCUGCCGAGAACGGAACCAGGAUCCGCCGCUUCGGUUCUCUCCAUGGUGGGGCCGCCGCAAUUUUGGCUGAGCGCGCUGCUCUUGCCUUGUAUCACCAAGCCGCUCGGUGGGCCGGAGAGAGGAGCCAGCACGCUUUGCCGCGUGUUCGUUCUUUGA